CGGGCGCGUGGGUGUUUCUGAGUGGCUUCUCGCUGAUUUCUUUGCCGUCAUUGAUUAAGAAUGACGAGUUUCGUGUGAACCGGGAUUGGGAGGGGGCUGUGGUCAAACCCACGGCGACCUAAACAGCCCCAGGAGGAGAGAAGAGGAGAGAGGGUAGAGAAGAGUUGUGUUCGCAGCAGCAGCCACAGCUAAAGCCUGUAUGGGCUAGUCCGUUAGCUAGCUUAGCUUAGUCCGUUGCGCCUCUCCUGCCGCUGAUAACUCCGGCUCGCUUGCUCCGCGUUUUCCUCUCCGUCCCACCCGGUCUAGCCUGCUCCCCACCAACCGCUUCGAAUAUGAUGAAGUUCAGGUUUCGUCGGCAGGGCACCGACCCGCAGAGAGAGAAGAUAAAACAGGAGCUCUUCGCUUUUAACAAGUGUACAUGGAUUCCCACACAGAGGGACAUCGCUGCUUCUGAUUGAUGGGGCUGAUUGCAGACCGGACUCGGACGGGCUUUGUUGAUGAGUGUUUAAGGGGUGUUUGGCCUCCCAUCAAAGUGAACAACAGAAACAACUGUGGAGCACGGGUUCCCCAAUCAGCCCAGUGCCCUGGCCUUUGACCCCAAGCUGCAGCUGAUGGCUAUCGGCACAAAGUCAGGAGCCAUUAAAAUCUACGGGGCUCCUGGUGUAGAGUUCACAGGACUACAUAAAGACACCACAGCCGUCACACAGAUCCACUUCCUCCCUGGUCAGGGUCGCCUCCUGUCGCUGUUGGAUGACAACACAAUUCAUCUGUGGGAACUGGUAGUCGGGCCCCACAGAGAAGUAGGGGGGGCAAAGAAAGAGGGUGGAGUCUGUCUUAAACAAGUGGAUAAUUACAGUCUGCCUGGAAGGCCUGGGAUUGAAAGCUGCAGUGCUACGCGGGUGACUGUCCUCCUCUUGCUAAAGUCGUGUGACCUGCUCUGCAUCGGAACAGAAGGAGGAGGCGUUUACUUUCUGGAGUUACCCCACCUCAUGUUAAAGGAGAACCAGACGCUGCUCCAGGACCAGGUCACGCAGAGCCUGCCAGAUGACUACAGAUGUGGAAAAUCUUUGGGACCAGUGGAAUCCUUACAAGAGCAUCCUCAGCAGCCAGGGAAGAUUCUGAUUGGCUACAGCCGUGGCUUGGUGGUCCUGUGGGAUCUGAGCGCUCGUCAUGCUGACCAGCUGUUCCUCGGAAAGCAGCAGCUGGAGAGCCUGGUGUGGGAGCGCUCUGGAAGCCUGUUCGUCAGUUCCCAUAACGAUGGAGGCUAUUCUGUGUGGCCGGUUACCAGCGGCAACUCUUACACUCCCCAGCCGGUGUCCUCCACCAUCCCGUAUGGUCCGUUUCCUUGUAAAGCCAUCAACAAGAUCCUGUGGAGGACUUCACAGACGGGUUCUCCAGUGCUGUUAUACAGCGGGGGCAUGCCCAGAGCCAGCUACGGUGACCGGCACUGUCUAACCAUCCAGCAGGACAAAGAGCACGUCACUCUGGACUUCACAUCUCGAGUGAUCGAUUUCUUCACCAUCCACAACAUAGAGCUGGACAAAGAGUUUGAUGACCCAGCUGCUUUAGUCGUGCUGUUGGAAGAAGAGCUGGUUGUGAUUGAUCUGCAGACCCCAGGGUGGCCCACCCUUCCCACACCUUACCUCGCUCCCCUUCACUCAUCAGCCAUCACCUGCUCCUGCCACAUCUCCAGCGUUCCUCCUAAACUCUGGGAGAGGUUAAUUAACACGGGCAAAGCACAGCGGAGCCGACUGCGCACACACAUGAGCUGGCCCAUAUGUGGAGGGAAGAAUCUGGCGCCGCCACCCAAGCAGCAAGAGCUGCUUUUGACCGGGCACGAGGACGGUACGGUGCGCUUUUGGGACGCAUCGGGCGUCGCUCUCACACCGCUCUACAAGCUUGGCACGGCCAACGUCUUCCACACAGACUGCGACGAGCCUCACGACUCGAGCAACGACCACAACAUGCAGCAGGAGGAGGAGGAAUGGCCUCCCUUCAGGAAGGUGGGGUGCUUUGACCCGUACAGCGACGAUCCCAGACUCGGCAUCCAGAAAAUCAGUCUGUGCAAGUACAGCAACAAGCUGGUGGUGGCAGGAACAGCUGGUCAGGUGAUCGUGCUGGCCUUUAAUGAUGAGCCGUCAGACCACUCUGUGGACGUGUCUGUGGUUGACCUGCUGCAGGACAGGGAGGGCUUCACCUGGAAGGGCCACGACCGGCUGGAGCCGCGUCUCAAACCCGCGCCCUUCCCGCCGGGCUUUCAGCCGCAGGUGCUGGUGCAGUGCCUGCCACCUGCGUCGGUUACAGCGGUGGCGCUGCACACAGAGUGGAACCUCAUCGCCUUCGGGACGAGUCACGGAUUCGGCCUCUUUGACUACCACAGACGAAACACGGUGCUAGCAAGGUGCACGCUGCAUCCAAAUGACUCAUUGGCGAUGGAAGGCCCACUGUCCAGAGUCAAGUCCUUAAAAAAAUCCCUUCGACAAAGCUUCAGACGCAUCCGCAAAAGCAGGGUGUCUGGGAAGAAACGCACCAUCACCACCCCUACCAGCAAGGUGCAUGAGGCCAAUGCUGCUUUGGCAGAACAGGAAGAAGUGGCUCCUGUGCAGCGGAGGAUUGAGCCCCGUUCAGCAGACAACUCAUUGUCAGGAGUGGUCAGAUGUCUGUGCUUCGCUGACACAUUUCUGCACGAUGGUACACACCAUGGCCCCACGCUUUGGGCUGGCACCAACUCGGGCAGUGUGUACGCCUAUGCUCUGGAGGUCCCGGGUGUUGGAUCAGGCUGCGUGUGUGAGCGGGCAGGAGCAAGCGAGGGCAGCGUGUGUGUUGAGGCGGUGCUGGGUAAAGAGAUUCAGCUGAUGCACAGAGCUCCUGUGGUGUCUAUAAGUGUUCUGGACGGACGAGGGAAACCUUUACCAGAUCCGUACGAAGCUUCUCAGGACCUCGCCAUCGCACCAGACAUGACCAAUGCUCACUCUGUCCUCAUCGCCUCAGAGGAGCAGCUCAAGGUGUUCUCUCUCCCUAAAGUGAGCGCUAAGACGAAGUUCAAGUUGACUGCACAUGAAGGCUGCCGGGUGAGGAAAGUCACCUUAGUUCUCUUCAACUCCGCUGCUCAGGAAGACUACAGUGAACAUGCGCUUGUCUGUCUCACCAACCUUGGAGACAUGCACCUCUUUACUAUACCCGGCCUUCGACCACAGGUGCGUUACGAUUGCAUCCGUAAAGACGACAUCAGUGGCAUUGCAUCUUGUGUCUUCACCAAGAAUGGACAGGGGUUCUACCUGAUCUCUCCUUCAGAAUAUGAAAGGUUUUCCCUGUCCGCCAAGGUUCUAACAGAACCGCUGUGCUCUGUUCAGCUGGACCGACCACUAGAGUCCACCGCUACCAGUGAUGGUACAGCAAUGCACCCGCAGGCCAACGGAACCCACAGAAACCAAACGGGUCAGGCUGAGGGGCGAACAGAGGAGCCUCCGUACACCCUGUCUUCUCCCAUCCUGGAGACACCGCUGGACUCCCCCCUCAGCUGUGCCGACCUCACCCUCGACACCACCGGAGACCUGACUGUGGAGGACGUCAAGGAUUUCCUAAAGACUGUGGAUGAAGCAGAAAAUAACCUGAGGAACAUGAAAGAGGAAGAGGGACGCUCCACCGGAAUCCUCAUCAACUGAAGAGAGCUUCCAGGAGCAACUCGAGUGGUUUCCACUGGAUUUCAGUGCUGGACCACAAACAUCUGGCAAGGAGCCACUGAGGAGCACUCUCCUUUUAACCUGGUACAAGCUGGGAAAGAAGUCUUACAGAUUCCUCCUGCUAGAUGAACAAAUUCCUUACCUGUAACCACUUUGGAAACACGACAGUCCCCCCUGCCCACAUGGAGACUCAGAAGGACCAGCGUAGCACCUGGACAGACAGUUCCUCCUUCCACCUUCUCGCUGCUCGGCCCACUGGAUGUGACUCAGCUCUCUGGAGGCUUUCUCUCUCUGAGGUUACUGUAUGGUUGGAACUGGACUCGGUGCUCUGUCGCUAAACGUGCCUCUGGAUGUGAUGGAAUCGCAGUAAAACAGAAGGUUUGCGGUUUUCAGUACAGCAACAAAAAAAAGGCAAAUUAAGUAUUUUUUCGAAAGUUGCAGCAUCUCCAUUCUGGAUUCCAACAAGAACAGCAGAUUUUUUUCGCUAUCCUGUGUCGAGGUGGUGCAUUAAUCUGCAUUAAUCAUCGCGAGGAUGCAAGAAGGUGCCUGGUAUUGAAGGACCGAGUACUGGAACAAUGUAGGUGUUUUAUACAGCAAAGAUUGUUGCUCUGUUGAAUGUUUUUAGUUAUGUGAGAAAGUAUAGAUAUUUUAAUAAAUAGUUGGCUGUAGGAGAAGGAGGGAAAUCCCACACUGUGAUUUAAUAAGGGGACCAGCUGGGAGGGGCUGGCAGUAAAAGCAUCACUUUCCCCUCUUACUGAUAGGAAUUAUUGGAAAUCAGAGUUAUUGCUGAAGAUGUACACAGUUUCUGUUUACGUAGCAAAUAAAGCUUGACUUUUUAUCACCUGCUCAAAACUAGGAUUUAAACAAAUCGCAUAUUUGUUGUUCAGAUAGAAAAUAGAAAUAAAAAGUGCAUAAAGGUGAGGGAAAUAAAAGUAGUUCUCUAAAUCUGUAGAGGGUGCUGUUGCAAAGUAAUCAGUCAGUAAAGGUGUUGUGUCCUCUGAAAUGGUGCAUUGUGGUUCAUUUAGCCAGCGAGCAAAGCUUUGAUCAGCAUCGUUUUAAACGCUGUUACAGUUUUACAGUCUGUCAGCUUUAAAACCGAGUCGGAGCCCAAACAAACAAAAGGGCUCUGUGUAUAACCUGGAGAACAACCUCACUGACUAACGCAGCUCAGCUGGUCGGAUCAUUCAGUCACUUUUGUUGCAGUUUUUUGUAAAUGUUCUGAAUGGGACAUGUCAUUAACCCUUUCAUGCUACAUCCAGCACACUUUAGCUUUUUAAUCCCACCACUGAGACAGGUUGCUCAGUUCCAUCUGUAGGAAUUAAGUUGUUUAGCAUUUUGGUUGAUAAACAAUUGUGAAUGUUAAUAAAAUGUAUUUACUCUCA